AAAUAGACAAACUUUAUGCUGAGGGUAAUGUUGAAGAAUUAGAAAAACGUCUUCGCAAUAGGAUAUCAUUUGGCACUGCAGGUGUCAGUGAUGCAAUUAAUAAUAAUCUUGAACCCUGGAUAUGGGACCCUAAUGUUGUCAAUAAUAGCGAAUUAUGUAUCGACAAUAUAAAGGAAAUUUCUGAUGCUUAUUUUGAAGAGCUGAAGGUUGAAGAUAAUGCGGCAUCAAAUCUAAAAUUUGUUUAUACAGCCAUGCAUGGAGUUGGGACCCCAGCAGCAAAAAGAAUAUUUGAAAUAUUUGGUUUAAAAUCACUUAUCCUUACCAAAGAACAGACAGACCCAGAUCCAGACUUUCCGACAGUAACAUUUCCUAAUCCCGAAGAAGGAAAAGCAGAAGAAGCUGGGGCACAUGUCAUAUUUGCGAAUGAUCCUGACGCUGAUAGGUUUUCAGUUUCGGAAAAGCAAAAAAAUAAAACAGUAACGAACUUCUUACAAUAUGACAAUAGUGGUGAAUGGACAAUCUUUUCGGGCAAUCAAAUAGGUGUAAUGCUUGCAUCUGUUGUAUUAAGUAAUUAUAAGGCUAGUGGCAAACCACUUGGAAAAUUAGCAAUGUUAUCAACUGCUGUAUCGUCUAAAAUGCUGGCCAGAAUUGCAAAGACUGAAGGAUUUUAUUUCGAAGAAACUUUAACAGGAUUUAAAUGGUUAGGCAAUGUAGCGAUUGAUCUGAUAAAAAAUGGGUAUGAGGUAUUAUUUGCUUAUGAAGAAGCAAUUGGAUUCAUGAUUGGAGAUGCUGUUAAAGAUAAGGACGAGCCAAAAAUAAAAUAUUAUUUUGAAUUAUCAGGAAAUGAUAAAGAACAAGUUACUAAAGAAUUGUCAAAUAUUGUCAAAGGAGUUGCUGACGAAUUGUUAGAACCCGAAAAAUAUGGGCUGGG